CCAUCUCGCAUCUGAGUUUGAGCGACCGGAGAGAAGAGAGAGAGAGAUUCAUUCAUAGAUCAGAGUGCUGGCAUUCGCCAUUCGAAUUUCGCAGGGAAGAAAGAAUCCUGGAUCGACUUCUGUUCUGAGCUGACUUAGCAAAAUACAAGAAAAGAAGAAGAAGAAGAAGAAGAGGAGCUGUGAACAGUGAAGAAGGCAAAGAAGGAUGUUGCCCACAUCAUCUUCGAAAGGACGCGCUUCGUCCUCCUCUUCUUCUUCUCGACCUAAUCCCAUGCUCCUUCCCUACCUCCGUAGAAUCAUCAAGUGGCAACAAAUGGAUAUCGAAUAUACGUUUUGGCAAAUGCUUCAUCUAUGUACGUCACCAAAAGUUGUCUACCAGCAUACAAAGUAUCAUAAACAAACCAAGAACCAAUGGGCACGUGACGACCCUGCUUUUGUUGUGAUCUGCAGCCUUCUUUUGGCCAUUUCAACUCUGGCUUAUUGUGCAGCGUAUGAUCAUAGUAGUGCACAUGCAAUUUUUGUUGUCUUCUCAGUAUUGCUCUUCCACUUCUUUUUGACUGGGUUAUUUCUAGCUACUUUUUGUUGGUUCCUAACUAAUGCCUAUCUUCGAGAAGAGGCUCCAAAUAGCUAUGUGGUGGAACAGCGUGUUGAAUGGAUGUAUGCAUUUGAUGUGCAUUGUAACUCUUUCUUCCCAAUGUUUGUAUUGCUAUAUGUGAUCCAUUAUUUUCUGUCUCCUCUAUUGGUGGCUCAUGGCUUCAUUCCAGUUUUGCUGUCAAAUCUACUGUUCAUGGUGGGCGCAUCAUACUAUCAUUAUCUAAAUUUUUUAGGUUACGAUGUUCUGCCCUUUUUGGAGAGGACCACCUUUUUCCUUUACCCGAUUGGUGUUGUAAUUGUCCUAUCUCCCAUUUUGAUUUUGAGUGGCUUCAAUCCUUCUAGAUACUUCAUGAAUGUGUACUUCAGCCGACAAAUAUGAUCCAUUCCGGCUUCAACUUUUGACCUGUCAAGUGUCCUUGAGCUUAUUAGGGUAUUCUAAGACUACAAGAUGAGAAGGCAUGGCAUGGAUGAGUGUUUGAUUGUUUGUUUGACGAAUGCUAUAGCUUGGAAAUGUCUCAAUUUAGGCCUCCUAUCACCCAAUAGAAGUUGGAUCUGUAGUAGUUCAAGAUAACCAGUGUAUUUUUUACAGUAUUGAAUAGAAAGAUAUUUGUUAAAAUGAAUAUACCCAUUGUAAUGAAUUUUUUCUGUCAAUCUGUUAUCUUUUAUCUAACAAAGAACAUUUAUGUUAAAUAUA